GGAGGUGGUGCUAGAUAUCCAUACCCAAAGCAUGUGUGGUCCCCCGCUGGUGGCUGGUGGGCCCGUCCUGCGAAUUGGCGGAGCAACACGGUCGUAACUUUUGCUGGUAUAUUUGCCAUUGCAUACGGAGUCUGGACUGUCAGCGCAGACCGUGAGGUCAGACACAUUCAACCUGACCGACCUAUCCCGUCCAUGAUGGUACGUUCUUCCACCUCGUGUGCUCCUAGUCUUGCUGACUCUUUUGUAGUGGGCAAAACAGUACAAGGACCAAUCUCGCGAGAGCUGAGACAGGUAGCGGGGAGUGUAUAUUUCCAUAAGCCGAGCCGUCUUGUCCCAUUCGGUUAUAUCCUUCAUCAUAUACAAGGACACGCCUUCGGUCUGCUCUUCGACGACAAAUUGUAUUUACAGUAG